AUGCAGACCUACAGCAUCGACUCCGAUUUGGAUGCUGAAGACUACGCUGAUACCCUCAAGUUUCCGGUUCCGGUGACAGGCACCAGUAUUCCGGUUGCCGGUGGCAGUCUUCAGGUGGAGCUGGUUUGCCAUCGGGUAUGUCAACCGCAGGACAUGUUCGACUGGGAGCGCAGCGAAGCUCGGGCUGACGUUUUGGUGUUCGUCCGCCACAUGAACGAUGUGGCCAAACGUUACCCAGCGGCGGCGUCUGUGUGGCGGUGUCGGCGGCCACGUAAUGACAACGUGGACAGGGCGUUAGCGGUGUUGCGGACGGUCGGCGAGUGGGCGGUUAAACGUUGCAUGCCCGCGGGCUACGGAGACAACAACCCGGAAGCGGCAGCAGAAGGUUUCUGCCAUUUUCAAUGCCAGCUGCGGGACGACGGACGGAAGCUUCUUGACCGGACGUACGGCGGUCGUAGCCGUGCCAACUACCGGGACGUUUUGCUUCCCGUCUACUUAGAAAGGAGCUUCGGUGACCCGUUCACGAUGGCCUACGGACCUGCCCACGAACUAUCGUUCUGUGCUUUCCUGGUGUCGCUGUUCAAGCUACACCACUUGACGUGGGCCGACGAACCGUACGUGGUGUCCGUGAUCUUCGACAGGUACUUGGACAUCGUGGACAACGUGAUUCGUUCUUUUCAACUGACUCCAUCGAUCAGCAAGUACGGUGGUAACAUGGGUAACUGGUGCCUGAGUGGUUACCAGUUCGUUGGAUUUCUGUGGGGCAGUGCGCAGCUGGCGGGGAGCUGCAGCGACGACGACGGUAAUGGCAAAUCACCGUCCCUGUCUUCGCCGGCAGCGGUCAUGACAGACGCGGACUUGUGCCGACUCCACCGAGAUGAGUACGUAUUCACCAAGUGCAUGGACGCUGUGUACCGCAGGGCUAGAAAUAGUGUGCUGCUGUGGUACCAUUCUUAUCAGCUGUGGAACUUGACAGCCCUGCCAAGUUGGAAUCGGGUGAACGAAUGCCUGAUGGCCGCAUACCAGCGGGACGUGCUGGGCCGGUUUGAGGUUGUCCGCCAAUUGGCCUUUUGCGAACUCUUCAAAUUUGCCCAAAACGCUCGUCCACCUGGCACGUCAUUUUAUGACAUUGUACCUACUGUGCCGCCGUCGGAUAAGGUCAUGGUCCCAACAACGACGAACACUUGGGUAUACGACAACGACGAAGACAACGACGAAGAUGUCGAAAGAAAAAUGAUCGAAUACGGAGGAAUAGAAAAUGGUGAAAUGGAGGACGGGGGAGUAGGAGACAUUGAAACAGCCGAGGACGAAGGAUUUCUAUUAUAA